AUGCCGAGCCUGAUAGACCCACCCUACCAUGCUCUUCUGCUGGAAGGUGUCAACCCAGCAGCGAAGGAGCUGCUGGAGUCCAAGGGGUGCAUUGUGGAAUAUAUACCCAGCGCUCUGCCGCCUGACGUUCUGUUGGAGAAGAUAAAGGAUGUUCAUUUUCUCGGCAUUCGCAGCAAGACGCAGGUGACUCAGGUGAUACUCGACGCAGCUCCCAAGCUUCUUGCGAUCGGCUGCUUCUGCAUCGGAACAAAUCAAGUUGACUUGGACUACGCAAACAAGCGAGGUGUGGCAGUGUUUAACUCCCCGUUCGCAAAUACCCGCAGCGUUGCAGAGCUGGUGAUCGGGGAAAUUAUCUCCUUGUCGCGGAAGAUUACGCAGCGCAGCGAGGAGGUGCAUCGCGGUGCAUGGAACAAGACACACGUGGGCUGCUACGAGGUGCGGGGUAAAACUGUCGGUAUCGUUGGGUACGGUCACAUCGGCUCCCAGGUUGGUGUCCUUGCUGAAGCUCUCGGUAUGAAGGUAAUCUUUUACGAUGUGGUUCCGACUCUUGCGAUCGGCAACGCCACCAAGUUCACCCAUAUAAACGAGUUGCUCACUUUCUCUGAUUUCGUGACGAUUCAUGUGCCGGAGACGGAUGCUACGAAGGGCAUGAUUGGCGAAGAACAGAUCCGGCUGAUGAAGAAGGGCUCCUACCUAAUCAACGCUAGUCGAGGAACGGUUGUCGACCUUGAGGCUUUAGCAAAGGCGUUGCGCGAAGGACACCUCGCCGGUGCUGCUAUCGACGUGUACCCGGAGGAGCCUGGGUCGAACAAGGAGCUGCACAAGACACCGCUUCAAGGCAUUGCAAAUGUGAUUUUGACGCCACAUGUGGGUGGGUCGACAUGCGAGGCGCAGGAGGCUAUUGGCUUGGAGGUGGGUACGGCGCUUGCUCAGUUUGUGAUCAGCGGCAUUACCGCCGGCGCCGUCAAUUUCCCGCAGCUUGUUCCACCGCCGGUGGACAAGUCGAACUUUCGGCUCACCAACGUUCAUGUGAAUGUUCCUGGUGCGCUGAACGAAAUUAAUAAGAUUGCGGUGGAUUUGGGCUGCAACAUUGGUAUGCAGUUUCUGUCAACUAGCAAAGCGAUCGGCUACCUUAUCAUGGACGUUGACAAGGAUGUUGCUGUGGAGCUUCGGAAGCGUAUUUCAGCGCUCAAGUACAGCAUUCGCACGCUGAUUAUUCGUUAG